AUGGCUCGAUUCGUUGAUGAGCCAUCUUUUGACAUGAUGGAACUCGGCCUAAGCAAAACCCCAGCUAUUCGAUCUUGCAAGACUGCAUCAUUCGAAACGCCUCCUCAUCCCGGCAACCCUCCAGUGCCUGGGCCAGUAGCCGUGCCCGACGGCUUCGAAUACGAAGUGACCCCUCGUCGCGAGUACACCGACAAACUCGUCGCGGUCGAGCCCCCCUCCAUCGCCAAACCCGCAUGGAGAGACCUCGUCAACAUCCUGCGCGAACUCUUCCUCGCCCUCGCGAACCACGAGGCCAUGGCCGACAAUAUCAACCGACCCUUCGGGGAGCCUGCAAAACGCAAGACGAAAGUGUAUCACACGUGGGACUUUGUGGGGCGGACCUUAAGUAUGGUUUUGGCUGUGGAUCCGACGUUGCCGAGGAGGUUGAAGGGGCAGUGGAAUGAGGUUCAUGGAAGGGCGAAGUAUAGCAAGACGUUGAUCAUGGAUACGACGGGCAUGAUGGAUAGGAUGGCGCCUGAUGAUUAUGGGACGGGCGUGGAGUUUGGGGAGGAGGUGCUGGGGGUUGCGCGACGGAUUACUUGA